AUGCAACAUAUCAGUCCAUUUUCGGAAAUUACAAAUUUUGAGGUAGCAAAUGUUAAAGAUGAAUCUAAUGAAAUAUCUGAAACAUUUGAACAAUCUCAUCUAGCAUAUCAAACUCCUCCUUAUGAAACUAAUAUAGUCAAUAUAUCGUCAUCAUCAACGAAGACUGCUAUACAUAGGUUUAUUGCAUCGCCACAACAAUGUCAAAAACAGUCUACUUCAAGUAAAUUAAUUAAAAAUAUUUCAAAUUUAAUGUCAAAUUCUACAUCACAAUUUUUAAUUACAGAUUCAAAGAUUAAUAAUUCAUUUAAUAAAAAUAUUAAAUUUUUAACAGAAGUCUUAAAAAGAUCAAAAUCAAAUAAAUUGAUUGCUAUGUUAGCAUCUCAUUAUUUUAAACAAAUUUAUGAAAAUUUAAAUUCUAAUAAAAUUAAUGAUUUACCAGAAUUUGCUAAAUGUUCAAAAAGAAUAUUUUUAACAUGUUUAAUAUUAAGUCAUAAAUUUAUUAAUGAUAAUACAUUCUCAAUGAAAACUUGGUCAUCAAUUAGUGGAUUGCCAGCUAAAGAUUUAUCUACUUUAGAAAGAUGGUGUCUACAUAAAUUGGAUUAUAAUCUAUAUGUGGAUAUCAAGGAAAUUGCCAUUAUGGGUAAACGCACAAGAGAUGAUGAUGCAGAUUAUUAUUAUGAUACUUUACGAAAUAAAAAAAUGACUAAACUUAAUAAUUGA